UGUUAGAAGGUGUUAGUGUCCAAGCCGUUGUGAUGUGAGUCAUUCGUGGAGUCAGACCAGAUCAGCAGUUGGUCAAGAUUGUGCAUGAUGAGCUACUGAAAUUGAUGGGUGGAGGAGAAAGUAUCUGAGCUACACUUCUUGUACUCAGAGCUGCAUUCACCGGGCUACCAGCAUUUCAGUUUCUCUCUCCUCCACGUGUUGAGUAGCGAGACAAGAGAUAUGGAGCUGGUUGAAAUCGAAGACUGUUGGCCAUGGAAGAUACAUUACAGAAGGAGCCAAGUGAAGGGCCGAGAUGUUUGUUCAGUUGACUGGUGGACUCGAAGAGGCUUCUUGCAGAGAAAACCCAAAGUCUGUUAGUGACCAAGCCGUUGGGAUGGGAGUCAUUCGUGGAGGUGGAGUCAGACCAGAUCAGCAACUGGUCAAGAGAGGUAUCAUAUGGCUUUGCUUGGGGCUUGAUAUCUCGACAAAAUACCAGCUCAUAUGCUCGCCUUACCUUAGAUUGAAUCAUUUCGUACCUUUUGCUACCGUAGAUGCCAAGGAGGGUGCUCAUCCUACUGAAGUACAGAGCUUUGCUUUACUUUCGUGCUAUGUUUGUAGUGCAGUUAAAGUGGAUUGGAUCUUCUAAUCACAACACGCUUUUAGAUCCUCUAAAUGGAGAACCUCUCAUUAAAGUUGAUGAAACAGUA